AUGCAAGAUAGUUUGCUUCUGCAUCUCAUUCACAAAGUUAGAUCUUGGAUCUUCUUGGGAAAUAGUGAUAUCGAUUACAUACUCGGUGGAUUCGAGACGACGAUGGAUAGUAAUAGCAGCAUAUGUUGGAUUUGCAAAAGGGGUGUACAAAAAUUCGACCUCAAGUACCACUGUCAAAGCUGCGGGAGCAUGUCCUGCGAGAACUGUGUUGGGCAGGAACAUGUGAAUGAGGAAUUUGGGAGUGUAUUUAGAAUGAAGUCUUGCAAGCUUUGCCGUGAUCUUUCUCGGCUGAGCAAAAGUGAUCGAAAAUGCAGUGGUAAAGUUUAUCCUUCUGAGUCCCCAAGGCAAAGCCCGGAAUUGCCGUCACCAACUUUUAGUGGUGAGAGGUUUGACGUCCAUUCAUCUCCCAUGUCAGCUCAUUGCUCGACAAGCAGGAUUGAUGAAGAUGACAAGGAAUACUUACAUGAUAUUUCUGACUUAGAUUCGAGUAGUGUUACUGGUAGUAGACAUGAAUUUUACAACCCCAUGUCUUCAGGGUCGAGCCCUUCAGACAGCCCUUCUAGGCUCCAUAUUAGUCCAAGCCGAGUCGGGCAGUCUCUACAGGUCGAUCAAGGUGGGCCCCCACAGCCGUUGGAUUUCGAGACCAAUGGCCCAAUUUGGUUCCCUCCACAGCCUGAUGAUUGUUGUGACAAGAUUGGAAAUAAAUUGUUUAUUUAUGAUGAUGAUGAUGAGGAUGAUGAUGUUGGGGAAGGGGGUUUUGUUUAUUCCCCUACUACUAAUAUUGAUACCGUUUUUUCGGACAAGGAAAAACGAGAAUUUGACCAUAAGGGAAAGUGGAGGGGUGUGGUGGAGGGGCAUUUUACGGCUCUUGUGUCGCAGCUUUUGCAAGGGCAGGGUAUAGUUGGCGAGGACUGGGUUGGUAUAGUGACUGCUAUUUCUUGGCAAGCUGCUAAGUUUAUUAAGCCGAAUACUAGUCGAGGUGGCAGCAUGGAUCCGUGUGAAUAUUUGAAGGUCAAAUGUGUGGCUUCUGGGAGUCGAGGCGAAAGCAAACUCAUCAAAGGAGUAGUUUGUACGAAGAACAUAAAGCACAAACGCAUGACAUCCCAAUACAAAAAUGCAAGGCUACUUAUUUUAGGAGGAUCUCUUGAGUACCAAAGAGUUCCCAAUCAACUUGCAUCUUUCGAGACAUUACUGCAACAAGAAAAUGAUCACUUGAAGAAUAUUGUCUCGAAGAUAGAGGCACACCGUCCUAAUGUUCUGCUUGUCGAAAAAAGUGUGUCUUCAUUUGCUUUAGAGCAUUUAUUAGCGAAAGAGAUAUCUUUGGUUUUAAAUGUUAAAAGACCACUAUUAGAAAGGAUUGCAAGAUGCUCUGGUGCUAGUAUAACUCCCUCUAUCGAGCACUUGUCCACAACGAGGUUGGGGCACUGUGAACUGUUCCGCUUGGAGAAAGUUCCGGAAGUACACGAGCCAAUGAAUCAAUUUAAUAAGAAGCCAUCUAAAACUUUGAUGUUUUUCGAGGGUUGUCCCAGGCGCCUAGGUUGCACGGUUGUACUGCGUGGCUCAUUUCGCGAAGAACUGAAGAAGGUCAAACACGUUGUCCAGUAUGCCGUCUUUGCAGCAUAUCAUUUGUCCCUCGAGACCUCCUUUCUUGCGGACGAGGGUGCCAGCGUUCCCAAAUUACACUCAAAAUCAUUACUUUUUGGCCCUGAAACCACCACGACUCAAGAUAAGGACACCUCUGCCAACACAGAAGAGAUUUCUUCCGCCAAUGCUAAUUUACUAUCAGCAGAUCUCAAUCCGCAAGAAUCCCUAUCGGAACUUAGCCACACCAACGACUACUCCAUUUCCAUGCCGAACGAACUUGGAUACCGUGAAACACUCUCGGAGGCAUAUGACGUGGACCGUGAGGCGCGUCCCAGUAGUCUGGACACUGGAAUUAAUCAAAAGGAAGAUGCCGAGUGCUUUUCAACUAACAAUGCGCAUCCAAGCAUAUUGGUUGCCUUCUCUAGUCACUGUAUGGCGAAGGGAAGUGUGUGCGAGCGGUCACGACUGGUUCGGAUUAAGUUUUAUGGCCCGUCUGAUAAGCCACUCGGGAGAUAUCUUAGGGAUGAUCUUUUUGAUCAGUCGAAUGUGUGCCAGUCGUGCAAGGAUCCCGCUGAGGCCCAUGUGAUGUGCUACACACACCAGAAUGCAAAUCUCACAAUAAACGUCAAGUGCUUGCCCUCGGUUAAGCUUCCCGGGGAAGAAGAUGGAAAGAUAUGGAUGUGGCAUAGGUGCCUCAGGUGUGCCUACGUGGACGGGGUCCCGCCAGCAGCCCAGCGGGUGGUUAUGUCUGAUGCAGCCUGGGGGCUCUCAUUCGGGAAGUUUCUAGAACUUAGUUUAACAAGCCAUACGACGGGCAAUCGUGUAGCGGGCUGUGGCCACUCACUGCAAAGGGACUGCCUCAGGUUCUAUGGUUUUGGCAAUAUGGUUGCUUUCUUCCGAUAUUCUCCGAUCGACAUCCUCUCCGUUCGUUUGCCCCCAUCGAUUCUUGAGUUCUGUGGUCCUAAUGAACAAGGAUGGGUGAGAAAUGAGCUGGAUGAGCUUCUGAGAAAAGCAAGAGCUUUUCACGCUGAGGUAUCGAAUUUUCUUGAAGAAUUCAGAGUCAAAAGUUUAUCUUUUGUUGAUGAAUUCUCGGAUGCAAACGAGCUGCACAACCAUAUCCUGGAGCUGAAUAACAUGCUUUCCGAAGAAAAAAGUUGUUACGAAGGUUUGCUCCAACUAGCUGGCGAAACUCCUCAAAAUCAUGACCAACUAGCUCCAAUCGACAUUUUGGAAAUGAACCGCUUGAAACACUCCCUUUUGGUGGGGUCGCGCGUCUGGGACAGGAGGCUGUAUUUACUGGACACCCUCCUCAAGACUUCCAAUCCAAAACUCCCCAUUGACCUUACAACUCUUUCAGAAUCCAAAUAUUGCCAAGGACUUUCUGGCCUUUAUCUCAGCGUGGAAAAUAAUGUGCCCGAGCCCCCAAAAUUCAAUGAUGACAUCAGCAUUACCACUACGUCCCUCGAGCGAUCCCCCUCGGCUGCAUCGCUCCUUUCGGAUCAGAUUGACUCCGCGUGGUCCGGCAGUGCUGACCUGGUGAUAGCCAAGAAAGAGAGCCCGUCUGUGAAGAGGGUGAUGGGUCCCACGAGAGUCUACUCGUUCGACUCGGCCCAGAGGCUGCAGGAGAGGAUACAAAAGGGGCUCCCCCCCUCCUCUCUCUACCUCUCCAACCUCCGCUCAUUUCAUGCCUCUGGAGACUACAGAUACAUGGUCAGGGAUCCUGUUAAUAUUGCCGCUGUACAGAGAACUUAUUCGCAAAUAUUGCCCCACAAGGCUGAAAAAUUAAAUAUUUUUUCUCCGUAUUUUAUUUUGCGGGUCCCUGCCCUGCCUGAGGGGGUGAGGCUAAUGCCCCCCUCAAGCAUUAUAUCGUAUGCGCUCAGCUCAAGGGAGCACGAGGACUGGAUUCAGGACAGGGGCAGGCCGGGGACUGAAAGCUUAAGGGACCUCUCGACCAUGGGUUCGCUUGACUUGGAAAAUUCCCCGGAUAGCUCGCAGAAUGACUCUCCUCAUGUUCGGAUUUUCUUCGAGGAUGAGAGGACGAGAUUCUCCGUGACGUGUUAUUUCGCAAGGCAGUUUGAUUCCCUAAGGAGAAAAUGCUGCCCGAGCCAAGUGGAUUUCGUUCAAUCUUUGAGCCGGUGCAGGAGAUGGAGCGCCCAAGGUGGAAAGAGUAACGUGUAUUUCGCAAAAUCGUUUGACGAACGGUUUAUAAUUAAGCAGGUCACUAAGACUGAGCUGGAGUCAUUUGAGGAAUUUGCGCCCGAGUAUUUUAAGUACUUGACGGAUGCGAUUGGCUCCGGAGGUCCGACUUGCCUUGCCAAAGUUCUUGGUAUUUAUCAGGUUACUGUCAAACACUUGAAAGGCGGGAAAGAAGUGAAAAUGGACGUGAUGGUAAUGGAGAAUCUCUUCUUCGGAAGGAACAUCUCUAAAGUGUACGACCUGAAGGGCUCAUCCCGUUCUCGUUACAAUCCAGACACGGUUGGGCCCAACAAAGUACUUUUAGACACAAACCUGCUAGAGACACUCCGUACAAAUCCCAUAUUCCUCGGAAGCAAAGCCAAAAGGAGCCUUGAAAGAGCCGUUUGGAACGACACGUCGUUUCUUGCUUCGGUGGACGUGAUGGAUUACUCUUUGUUGGUUGGUGUGGACAAGGAUAGAAAGGAGCUUGUAAUGGGGAUUAUUGAUUUCAUGAGGCAAUACACUUGGGACAAGCACUUGGAGACUUGGGUGAAGGCAUCCGGCAUACUCGGCGGCCCCAAGAAUGCAUCUCCCACCAUUAUUUCCCCCAUACAGUACAAGAAAAGGCGAGUCUGCAUGCGCGUCGCACAACCCUGCUCUCGUCCAUCUGUACGCUCGCGACCCUUCUCCCGUACAGCACAGCCGCGCGAGCUUAACCCACGUCCGUACGAGCCCGACUCCGCGCGCAGGCCCCGCAUCCCAUCCGUACGGCCGUCGUCCAGCCCAGACCUUGCACCGGCUCCGUGA